UGGAUGUGCUCUGUUUGAGAUUCGCGUGGAGAAAGCAGUGAUUGUACAAGGCCCUCUCUGCAUAUAAAGGAACACAUACGCGUCGCUCAGCGUUGCCCGUAAGCUGCUCAUCUGCUAUGAGUGCACAAUCUUCUACUCCCUCUGAGGAGUCUUUUGACUUCAUACCAGUUCCUAUUCAAGUGCUUCCACGUACGGCUAGCAUCCCUGUGGAACCCGUAGAGCAAUACCAAACACAUGCUUCUAUCACGCCUGGAUAUAUACCUGGAAGUUCGGCUUCAUCAUACGCGCAUAACUGGACCACUCCGUUAAGUGUUCGUGGAAGACAUUUAGUCGAUAGCUUUGGUCGCGUUUGCCUCCCAAGGGGUGUGGAUAUUUCGGGGUCUUCCAAGAUACCUAAUAAUCAUGAUCCUUCAACUUUCCCUCUGAGCCACCGAGAAGUGUCAUUCCUCAAUCGUCCUUUUCCGUUGGAGGAUGCGCCCGAGCACUUUGCUAGAUUAAGAAGGUGGGGAUUGACUUUCGUUCGCAUGCUCGUUACAUGGGAAGCCAUUGAACAUGCUGGGCCGGGUCAGUAUGACCAGAAUUUCUUGGAAUACCUAUAUCAACUAUUGAGGAUGAUGAGCAACUUCGGGAUUUUCGCAUAUGUAUCGAUGCAUCAAGAUGUCUGGUCCCGCUACAGUGGGGGCUCAGGAGCUCCAGCCUGGACUCUCGAAGCGGUGGGGUUUGAUCUGACCCAACUCGAAGCAACUGGGGCCGCCUAUCUCGGUGGUGUUAUGGAUCCUGGCCGGGAUGUUGAUCGUGGGCGAUGGCCCACCGGCUACCAAAAACUUGCAUCCUCGACUAUGUGGACAUGUUUCUGGGCAGGAGACAUCUUCGCACCGAAACUUGAAGUCAUACAUGGUGGAGAACGUAUUGGAAUCCAGGCCUUUCUCCAAUCCCGUUUUCUGCAAGCUUUUGACGAAGUGGCGAAGAAAGUUGGUAACCUUGAGUCGGUGAUUGGGUUCGAGCUCAUGAAUGAACCGCAUCGAGGCUACAUCGGCCUUGAAUCUUUGCAUACAUUUGAUUAUUACACCGAGCUGCACCUUCAUGAUUGUCCUACUGCUUUGCAAUCCUUUGCUCUCGGUGCUGGGCACUCUGUCGAGGUUGUUCAUUAUGUUCGGUCAUGGCCAUUCCCUACCAGGCCAUGGCGUCGCGCCAGGAGAAAUGAGGAGAAUGCGAACGUUUGGCGAACCUCUGGCCCCACGCAAGGGCGCUGUCUAUGGGAGAUGCAUGCAGUAUGGGAUUGGGAUGAGAGGAAGGACGCCCCUGUUGCACUCCGUGAGAACUAUUUCUGGAGACACCCAGUCACCCAUCAGCCAGUAAAUUGGUAUAAGGACUCAUGGUACCCGUUCGUAACUCACUGGGCGAGCCGAAUUGCUUUGUUUGCCGGUCCUCGCAAGCUCAUCUUCGUUGAAGGCAUUCCUAACGAGUUAUCUCCGCCACCAUGGCCGCCUCAUCACAGGCCAAAAAAUUUCGUCUUUGCCCCUCAUUGGUAUGAUCUUCAGACACUUUUCACCAAAACAUUCGGCAAUCUGUCCUACAACGUGCAAAAGCUGUCUAGUGGUACCUUUCCCCUCUUUGCAAUCUAUUGGGGAGUUCGUGGGGUCCGAAACAAUUAUUCACUGCAGAUCAGGAAUAUCGCUGAGUCUGGGUACCGAGCCUUGGGUGAAGUCCCGAUCAUUGUUGGAGAGUGUGGUGUGCCAAUGGAUCUUAAUGGUGGGGCCGCGUUUCGCAGUGGAGACUUCCGGUGGCAGCGGCAAAUGAUGGAUGCGAUGCUCUGUGGCCUAGAGAGGAAUCUCCUAAGCUUUAACUUGUGGAAUUAUAACCCCGACAAUACAGAUGAAAAAGGAGAUCAUUGGAACGGCGAGAACUUCUCAUGGUUCAGUAACUCUCGAGCAAGAUCCCGCCCGUUCCUUGACGGGCUCAUUGAUCACGGGCGUCAUCAAAAUGAGGACUCCUUGGACGAAGGUGGACGGCUGCUUGACGUAAUUGUACGUCCAUAUCCCGCGAAAGUUGCAGGAAUACCGCUCUCCUUCGAGUAUGACUCUCGAACUGGCGCCUUCGCAUUCUCUUACGCAAACCCAACACAUUCAAUGCCACAAGCGGUCAGAACUGCACCAACAGUCAAGAACCCGCCUCUCUAUGCUGCGACACCGCUGUCUUGUAAGGAGUCGGAGAUUUUCGUACCCUCAGCUCUUGCUCGCGGAAGGAGAAUGAUCGUCAAGCUUCACCCAUCGGAAUAUGUGUAUGAUGAAGAAAGACAGACUAUGUUCAUCCUCCAUCGCAACGACACCCCGGGUGCAGUUCAUACUGUCCAAGUCAAAUUUGAACCGCCAUUGGCACCCGUGCGGGUGCCAUUCUUCAGCUUAUUCUUCAUGUACUUCAUUCCUAUGCUCACUGUAUUGCUGGCGAUGGUGGGCCAUCAACUUCUACAGUAGAGUAUCCUUGCCUGUCAUCAGUCAGCCAUUAUUAUAGUCCAGUGUCGUAAAUUUAUUCUUUCUUCUGAUU